AUGAGUUUCGACAUGUCUGACAGCGAGAACGUGGAUAACAUGGUGGAUCAGCUCAUCGACAUCAAUUACGUCAACAGAUCUCCGGACCCGGUGAGGCAAGUGUCGUGGUAUUUUCUUCAGUGUGUCAAUGCCAGAUUGAACUGGACGAAUAUGGUGAAGGAUGGAGCAGUAGUGAUGAACGCGAUCAAACGUGUAGCGGAAGGUGACCCAAGAUCACUACAGGAGACACGGUUCCCAUUCUACAUGCUUUAUCAAACAGAAACGGUGUUGGCCUUUCCCGACAGCGUUGGACUGGGAUACCUGUUCGGAGAGGGUGCACCAAAUCUGGUCACACCUUUUGUUGAUACGAAUUGGAAGGACCCACAUGGGUGGAAUGGUUAUACGUAUUUUAUUGACCAACCAACAACUCUGCUGCCAUACUCCUACCAUGUGAAAGCAUGGGAUUUCUUUCAGAGACAGCUCUUCCAGCGUAUUGUCAGCACGAUGAGUCUGUUGGCUAAGACACAGAAUAUUAAACUAGAUUUCCCGACACUGUUAUCUGAUGCAAAGGCGAUCGUUGAAUUCGACCAUCUUCUUGCUACCACUUACAGCACAGACGACACCACUCGUCGACACUACGAUCGCAGUUAUAAUCCAAUGACCAUCGACAAACUGUCGAAAACUUAUUCAAACAUCAGCUGGACUACUUUCGUGUCAAUGGUGAGACUAUCUCUAAGUUUUGUGGUUUUCUUAGGCCUCCACAAACGACCAUUACACUUGAACAUACUGCCAGCUUUAACAGUCAAUCAAUCACGAAAGCAGUUCCAAAUAUAUGUAGACCUAAUCGACCUCAGACUGACUUUGUUUCCAGAAAAGCGGAAAUACGAGCGGCGACAACAUGACGAUACCCGCGAGGCUCAAGAAAGCUGCGCAAUGGAGACCUAUGCCAAUGCUCGUGUGUUUAUCGACAAGAUUUAUCCGACGAACGAGUCACGCAUCCAACUGCGCGAGCAUGUAGCGAAAAUGGUUUCAAGUAUUCUGAUAGGCUUCCGCACUAUGAUUGACCAACUAAACUGGAUGACAUCCGCGACAAAAAAGGGUGCUUAUAGUAAAAUCGACAAUCUCGUGAGAAACAUUGCCUAUCCGGACUGGAUUACUGAUGACGCACAGUUUACUUCCUAUUAUAAAGUGAGAUUUAUAGGGAAUAUAAAAAUUUUAUGUUUUCUUCUCAGUUGGAAUUUGCUAGUUGCUGGGUCGACAAAACGUCAAGACUUUAAUGGACCUCCGGGCACGACAAAUGCAUGGUAUCAGCCUCAACUAAAUUCGAUCACUUUUCCUGCCGCCAUUCUUCAUCAGCCGUUUUACGAUCCAACAUGGCCAACGGCAGUGAAUUUUGGAGGACUGGGUGUAAUUGCAGGACAUGAACUGACUCAUGGAUUUGACGAUGAAGGGGUACAAUGGGAUGGCACAGGAGUGCUCAGAGGAUGGAUGGACGACGCCUCAAAAACUUCUUUUGACAGUAUGGCCCAUUGCGUGGUAAAGGAGUACGACGAGUUUUGCCCGCUCAACAAGACUGCUUAUGGAACGGCUGCAUGCCUUGAUGGAGCUCAAACUCAAGGAGAAAAUAUUGCCGAUAAUGGCGGAAUUCAUGCUGCUUAUCGAGCUUACCGCAAUUUCAUCAAUCUUUACGGUCCGGAUCCUCAGCUUCCCGAUGAAGUGCUGCAGGAGUUCACCUCUGAACAACUCUUUUUUCUCAGUUUUGCUCGGGUGUGGUGUCAACAGCCGUCUCCCGAUCAAAGUCUUGAAUUGCAAAUCCUUCUUGAUCCACAUUCACCAGCAAAGUACAGAGUCUUUGGAACCAUUCAGAACUUCGCCGCCUUCAAAGACGCAUUCCAUUGUCCAUCGUCCGCCUAUGCUCCGGACAAGCACUGCGACGUCUGGGUUUCCGAUAUCGAUUCCUCCUGUGGUCAACCAGUAGUGAGGAGCGAGUUGAACAUUCAGAUGAACGAACAGAUCACGACCAGCGACAUCGACAAGUACAACGCCUACAAAGAAGCGGUUUCCUUCUACCAGCCAUCUGUGAAUACCUCGGCCGAUCCAUGCAAUGAUUUCUGGCAGUACGCGUGCGGAAACUACAACAAGUCGGUCUCUUUCCAUUUCGCCGACGCCCAUAACCUCAAAAUUAUGGCUGAGCAGUUGAAUAGCCCAUCUUACCAAAGCACGAUCAAGGCGUCCACGGCUUUAACGAAAGAGAAAGCAUUCUCGGAUGCCUGCAUCGCUGCAACACGGAACAGUUCCGCCGAACACAGCAUUCUCGUCUCCAACAACUAUUUUUCUGUUAAGGUGAAGCAACUGGCGAUGUACCUAGGAUCGAAUUUCACUUACGCAUUCGGAGGUGAAGUAGGAAACCUGCCGAAUAGCACUCAAGUGGCCAAUGCUCUUUCCUAUUUGUCAUUCAAUCAGAAUAUUGCCACUUUGGUGACUCCUUAUGUGGACACGAAUUGGAUAGAUCCCGCGGAGGGAUACAGAAUGUUCUUGGACCAAAACACUGCUUUUUUGAGCAAAACGUACUAUGUUCCGAAUGCUUUUAAAACGAUCGAGGACAAUUACGUCAAGUCCACCACAGCUGUGAUCGAACUUCAUUACAGUACGGAUGACACAACACGGCGCAUGUAUGCACGGUCCUGGAAUAUGAUGAGUAUCGGCGAUCUGCAGGACAAGUUUAAUUUCGUUGAUUGGAAAACGUACUUUAGUCAGGUUAGGCCAAAUUUACUAGAAAGACCAACCAAUGUCGUAUUACCGUACAUUGCAAUAAGAUCGCAUUCAUGUCGUUAUCAUAAAUUUAGUAAGAUUUUUUUAUUUUGUAAACGAUGUCUUCUUCAGGAAGAUUUGCUGGUGUUGGGCCGAAAACGAAGCGGUUUUCGAUUUUCGCACACCGCAGGCACACUGGCGGACACUCAAGCCGACUGUGCCGGCAUGGCGAACACACUGAUGCAGUUUGCGAACGGACGAGUUUUCAUCGACUACCUUUACCCAGACGAUAAUUCCAGGACAGCCGGUGGCGUUAUAAGUAACGUUAUCCACUCGUUCCAAGGAAUGAUCGACCAGCUUGAUUGGAUGAGUAUUGAAACGAAGAAGAAAGCCUACAAUAAGACGGCGAACAUCGUGAAAAACAUCGCGUUUCCGGACUGGAUCACUGACAACAAGAAACUAGAUGCGUACUACCAUGACCUGACUUUCGAUACCAGCAAGAACUAUUACGACAUUAAACUUUGCGCCUUUAGGUUCAACAUUGAACUUCAGUAUAAACAGCUGACUGCAGUCGCAACUGACCGGCACGAUUUCCUUGGACAGCCCGGUACAGUGAAUGCAUGGUAUCAGCCUGAAUUGAAUUCGAUCACUUUCCCAGCCGGUAUUCUGCAACCACCGUAUUUCCAUCCCAAAUGGCCCGCUUCUAUCAAUUAUGGCGGAAUGGGACUCGUAGCAGGUCAUGAACUUACACACGGUUUUGACGACGAGGGUGUUCAAUGGGGUCCUGAAGGUUCAACGGCCGGUUUCAAUUUGAUGGCUCAUUGCAUAAUCGACGAGUACAGCAAAUUCUGUCCGAUAGAUCCUACUAAGUACAGUCCGAAUUGCAUAAACGGCGCACAGACGCAAGGAGAGAACAUCGCCGACAACGGAGGUGUUCAUGCUGCAUUCCGCGCUUAUCGAACGCACAUAGCUCUCGAUGGACCAGAUCCGCUGCUACCGGAUAGGCUUUUCGGACAAUUCACUCACGAUCAACUUUUCUUCCUUAGCUUUGCACAAGUAUGGUGUGAAAGGGAACGAACGGAUGACCAGCUAUAUAAGCAGCUGAUGGUUGAUCCGCAUUCACCAGCAAGGUACCGAGUGUUCGGCACUAUUCAGAACUACCCGGCAUUUCGAGCAGCUUACAAUUGUCCUGUUAAUUCCGUAUACUCACCUGCUCACCAUUGUAGCGUUUGGGUGCCGACCGUUAAACCAUAA